AUGAUGUUCAAGCAAGCUACAGCGGCAUUUCUCCAUGCAAGCCUCUGCAUGGGCAUCGUUAUCCCGAUUACACCCUUGCCCACUCCGACUCCCUUCCCGAUUGGCCCCAUUGGGAUUGAUCCCCCCAUCGCGAUUGACCCCUUUCCGAUCCCGGCUGAACCCUACCCUGCGGGCUGCCCAACUCACACUAUUCAGCAUAGCUGUCCUGCUAUGACACUGCACUGUGGUCCUCAACCUGACUGUAUAAUACUCAAAACAGUUACGAGGCCGCUUUAUUGUCCAACCCCUAUGCCGACGGUGUUGGCUCCCUGCCCGACUUGCCAUACUGGCUGUGGCACUGUUUGGGUGACGGUGACGCCUACAGGCGAUAAAAAUGUACCACUGGCAACCGCAGCAUAA